ACGAACUGGAGGAGGAAGUCAAACAAACACAGGACAGAUGCAAUAAAACUUUGGAAGGAAGGCAAUAUUUAAAAAAUUAUGACAUAAUUAUAUUGUUUUUAGCUAAUCAAAUGUUUGCAAAUGGAAAGCUUUGCCUUAUAUUUCUCUCGGGAUAAUGAUUGUCUUCUACAAUAUUAAUAAUAUUAACUUUAUUAAUCCUAGUUGUUUUUGUGCUUGUGUGUGCGUGCGUGCGUGUGUGUGUUUGUGUGUGUGUUUUCUUGAUAGGGUGAAUCUUGCAUGAAGUUGAAAUGAUUUUAUGAAUUAGCAUGCGUUUCAAGAUUCUUCAAAUAUUCUGCAUAAUGAUAUUGUACUGCAUGGAAAAACAAUUAGUUUUUAACGAAGCAUACAUUGCUAUAUAACGAUAAUUUCAGAUUACGUGAAAUGACAGGUGUACGACUAACUGAUAAUAAUGCUAACAUAGCAGAUCUUAGUGACCAGAAUAGACCAACCAAACUUGCUGAAAAGUAUGCAGACUUAUACGAUAACCAAUGGACGGAUGCCUUCGCAUACCUACAAACUGUUGAUGUCUUUAAAGAUGCGGUAGAAAAACGCAUCAUAGAUACAUUACUGGCUAUUCUUGUUGAAGCAUUCACACUAUCGACAGAAACUGCCACGAAACAACUAGAUACAAUUCGUAAAGUACUUGAAGAUUUCUACGGGAAAAGUUCGCAUAAUAGAGAGAAAGUACGAGAUCUCAUAAAGCAAUUAAAAGAUCAGAGGAAAAAAGUUCCACAACCAAGCAUGGACUUAGAAAAGGAAUACAAAGUUACUCUAUCAAGAAAGAUCAAACACCUUCCAUCCUCAUUGUUGGAAUCCGAAGCAUUCAAACCUUUUGUACAGCAAUGUCUCGAAUUAUGCUGGUUGAUGGCAAUACAAGACCCACCAUUAUAUCUAACGCUUGAAAACUGCAAAACAGACCAAAUAUUUGAUGGAAAUACUUUCAAAGAAUAUAUAGAGUCUGGUCCAUAUGUAGAGUUCGUUGUGUGGCCUGCUGUCUUUUUAGAAAAGGAUGGGCCACUUCUUUGCAAAGGUGUUGUGCAAUGUAAGAAAUAUAAAUUGUUUCAGUUAAGAAAAAAGGAUGGUAGCCAGACAGGUAAGAGGCAAGCAAAAUCUAUGUACCAUAAAGAGACGACAUUAACAUCUACACUAAGUCUUGACACUUAGAAUUGCAAUAAAUCUUCUUGUCCGACAAUUGUCAGUACAGUAGAUGAUUAAUCUGGAAACACAAAGCUACAGAAAUAGAUAAUGCUUUAAGCAUAAAAUCAUUCAGUACAAUUGAUUUUGUUCUGUUUUAUUUGUUGACGUGAUUGUUUUUUGGGAUACAUACAGCACAUGUAUUAUUUUUAUUUUACCUUGGAUCUUCGUUAAUUACAUCGUAAUGUACAAUUGUACAGGAUUCGUGGUUGAGAACGGUGAUACAAAAAUGUUAUUUAGAUAUAAGAAAAAGCACAAUCGAGUCAGGCAACGGAUCAUUAUGUAUAGUUUAGAUGAAUAUUUAGUUUCAAAUACAUGUACAUGAUAUAUAUACUCGUAUAUUUGAACAAUACACAUAGUUAUGGCUAGUUUAAACGCACCUCAAAUAAAUUGCGUUCAGUUUGAAUUCUAAUUAACACAAAACGUAUAUCAGUCGAUUUGAAACGAUUUGUUGAAUACAUUAUCUUGGUACAAUUAUAUCCCUCUUAUUACUUGCAUUGCUAGAUAUAUCGCUUUGUGAAACAAAUAUAUGUUAUAUUGAAUUUUACUUAAUGAAUAUUUGCAAUGUCAAGAAAAAAAAAUAGAUAAACAAUAAUCAUCUGUGUUUAUUUAACACAUUUCAAAUUAUGAACUCCAGUAUUAUUAUCGUCAAAGUGGUUUAUAUUUCAUGUUAAGUAAGAUUAAAUAUAUUA